AUGAUGUCUUCAAUAACUCAGAUGAAGCAAAUUCUUUAUACCUGGGUGAGGACGAUGAUGCUAUUGGAGCACAAAACGCAAUCGAAGAUGAUUGUGACAGAUUCAGCAAGAAAGGCGAAGGUAUCCCAAAUUGCAGCUGGUAUCGAAGCGGCUGUAAGAUCAGCUGAAAGUACUUUGAAAACCCCUAAGCAAUCCACGCAAGUACCAUCACCUACACCAUUCCCGAUUGCAUUACCCAGGGCAAAAUCGAUAUCAAAGAAGUUAGCAGUACCACUUACGCAAUCCGAAACUGCGGUAGAAGCACCACCAUUAUUUAUCAACCAAAUUUUUGUAAGCCGUUGGCCUGAUCCAUGGCAACAGGUAAAUCAUGAACCAUCCGAUUUUUCAUUCGAACUGGAAUCGGAUAGUGUCAAUGAUAUUUGUUUGCAGCCAUUAUGA